GCGUACUCGCGUUCAGUUCAAGGUCAGCCCAGGCCGGCCCCGUCCCUCCUCCGCACGGACCUGACGCGGGGCACGGUCGAGGACGGCGGCGCAGGGCGGGGUGGAGGUCUCCAGGACGCAAGGCACUAGCGGGCUCCUCCCUCCCGCGCGGGCACCAACGGCGAGCGGAGGACUGGCGCUGGCAAUGGCUAAUGGCGCGAAGCAACAGCUGAUACGCUGCCGCCUCCUAUCGCUCCCCUUCCUCCGCCGCGGCAUCCACUCCUCCGUGCCAACUUCGGUCGGCGCCGCUACAGAUGCUACACUCCUGGGUCGCCUCACCCGCCUCCUCCUCCUCCACCGUUUCUCUGCCGUCGCUCGCCUCCUCUCCUCCUCGGCCCCCCUCACCCCUGCACUCCUCCACGCGGCGCUGCGCCGGGUCCGCCUCGACGCCGACGCCGCGGUGCACCUCUUCCGCCUCGCCCCUUUCCCCCCUUCCCUCCUCGCGCACGCCCAGCUGCUCCACAUCCUCGUCCGCGCCCGGCGCUCCGCCGACGCCCGCGCGAUCCUGGCAUCCCUCCUCUCCGCACGGCCCCCGGCUCCGCCUCUCUUUCCGCACCUCGUCGAGGUAUAUAAGGAGUUCUCCUUCUCCGCAGCCUCAUUCGACCUGCUCCUCCGUGCACUUGCCAACGCCGGCCAACUCGACGGCGCCCUCCAGGUGUUCGACGAAAUGCGAACGCUCGGGUGCCGCCUUAGCAUGCGGUCCUGCAACAGUAUACUCAACAGGUUAGCACAGACUGGGGACCUGGGCGCCACAGUGGCAGUGUUUGAGCAGAUGCAGCGUGCAGGGGCUCUGCCAGACAAGUUCACGGUGGCGAUUAUGGCAAAGGCUUACUGCAAGGUUAAGGGGGUGGUGCAUGCAUUGGAGUUCGUGGAGGAGAUGACAAAGAUGGGUGUGGAGGUGAACCUAGUGGCGUACCAUGCGGUGAUGAAUGGCUAUUGUGAGGUGGGGCAGACCAACGAUGCAAGAAGGAUGUUGGACUCGCUGCCUGGGAGAGGUUUUUCACCGAAUAUAGUUACAUAUACAUUGCUUGUGAAGGGAUAUUGUAAUGAGAAGAACAUGGAGGAGGCUGAGGGGGUUGUUCAGGAGAUUAGGAAGAAUAAGCAGCUUGUGGUUGAUGAGGCUGUUUUUGGUGCAGUGAUCAAUGGCUAUUGCCAAAUGGGAAGAAUGGAGGAUGCAGCUCGAUUAUUGAAUGAGAUGGUGGAUUCUAGGCUCCAGGUUAAUUUGUUUGUGUAUAACAUAAUGAUUAAUGGAUAUUGCAAGUUGGGGAGAAUGGUGGAAGCACAUAACAUUUUGCAUGAAAUGACAGGUGUUGGUGUGAGGCCUGACACAUACAGUUACAAUAGCCUAGUUGAUGGGUAUUGCAAAAAGGGUUUGAUGAACAAGGCUUUCGAAACAUAUAAUACAAUGUUAAGGAAUGGAUUCGCGGCGACGACAUUAACAUAUAAUGCCCUCCUAAAAGGUUUUUGCUCGCUUGGCUCAAUCGAUGAUGCGCUCAGACUUUGGUUCCUGAUGUUGAAGAAAGGUAUUGCACCUAAUGAAAUCAGUUGUAGCACCUUGCUUGAUGGUUUCUUCAAGUCAGGUAAAACUGAGAAGGCCUUAAAUCUUUGGAAAGAAACCUUAGCAAGGGGUUUAGCAAAAAAUACAACCACAUUUAACACAGUUAUCAAUGGGUUGUGUAAGAUUGAGAGGAUGCCUGAAGCAGAAGAGCUUGUUGACAAAAUGAAGCAAUGGAGAUGUCCUCCUGAUAUUAUAACUUACAGAACAUUAUUUAGUGGUUAUUGUAAGAUAGGUGACAUGGAUAGAGCUAGCCGCAUUCUGAAUGAACUGGAAAAUUUAGGUUUUGCUCCUACAAUUGAAUUUUUCAAUUCUUUGAUAACUGGACACUUCAUAGCUAAGCAACAUGGAAAGGUGAAUGAUAUACUCUUUGAAAUGAGUAAUAGGGGACUUUCUCCUAACACGGUCGCAUAUGGAGCUCUGAUUGCUGGAUGGUGUAAAGAGGGAGAUUUGCAUACAGCCUAUAACUUAUAUCUUGAAAUGAUUGAGAAAGGUCUGGUACCAAAUCUUUUUAUUUGCAGUUCUUUAGUGAGUUGUUUCUACAGGAAGGGAAAGUUUGAUGAGGCAAAUUUAGUGUUGCAAAAUCUUGUGGGUACUGACAUGAUUCCAGAUAUCAGUGCGCCCAGACUUGAGAUAGGGAAAGUAGCAAAUUUCAUUGAUACCGUUGCUGGUGGAAAUCAUCAUUCUGCAAAAAUCAUGUGGAACAUUGUUAUUUUUGGUCUAUGCAAAUUGGGAAGGAUUGAAGAUGCUAAAAACUUGUUGGCAGAUCUAAAAGACAAGGGGUUUGUUGCUGAUAAUUUCACUUAUUCUAGCCUCAUCCAUGGUUGUUCUGCUUCAGGAUUUGUUGAUGUAGCUUUUGAUUUGAGGGAUACAAUGUUGAGUGUUGGUCUCACUCCAAAUAUAGUAACCUACAAUUCUCUUAUAUAUGGUCUCUGCAAGUCUGGGGAGUUAUCCAGGGCUGUCAGUCUUUUUAAGAAGUUGUGGACAAAGGGUAUAUCCCCUAAUGCUAUCACAUAUAAUACAUUAAUUGAUAAGCAUUGCAAGGAUGGUUACAUAACCGAGGCCUUUAAACUAAAGCAAAGGAUGAUAGAGGAAGGUAUUCAUCCUACUGUGUUCACCUAUUCUAUACUGAUUAAUGGUCUCUGUACUCAAGGCUAUAUGGAAGAAGCAAUCAAGCUUCUUGAUCAAAUGAUUGAGAAUAAUGUGGAUCCAAAUUAUGUCACAUAUUGGACACUGAUUCAAGGUUAUGUUAGAUGUGGUAACAUGAUAGAGAUUUCAAAGAUUUAUGAUAAGAUGCAUAUCCAUGGACUUCUGCCCACCAAUGUUUCUGGGGAUGUAAAACAAUCAUGUCCUGCUAUACACAACCCGAAUAGAGAAACAUGUCAGAUGAAGAUGCACAGCCAGUGCUAGCUGCUAUCACAUUCUUUGCAUGUCUACUUCUUUUGAAAGAUGGCAGUGACUUAUGUUUGUAUGAGGAGCAAAUCAUGGGACCCAUUUCUAUCUUGGGAUGAUAUC